AUGUCGCGUCGCGUAACCAAACCACGUCAACGCCCUCGUCCCCAGGUCGCGGAGCCAUCCCCUGCGCCCGAUCCGCCUCCUGCUACUGAACCUGAUCCUCAACCACCGUCUGAUGAUGAGAAGUCCAACGACUGGCGUCCUUCCCGACCACCAUCACCUCCACACAGGCCUGAUGAUGUCUCCGAAGGAUCGGAAGCCACAGCUCGCCCUACUCGACCCGAACCCACAAGUCGCUACGCAAAUCUUAAUUACUGGAAAGCAAGACGAGUCACGUUUUACAGAAAUGGUGAUCCAUUUCACCCUGGAGUAGAGUUUCGUUUUAAACUGGGCAGGGAUUUGGUAUCUAUGGAUGCGCUGUUGGAUAGAUUAUCCGAAAGAUUGGAGUUGCCGAGAGGAGCAAGAUUCAUUUUUGGGAUGGAUGGGGAUCGGAAGUACAGGCUGGAGGAGUUGGAAGACGGAGCAUCGUAUGUGGUUUCUUCUUACAAGACUUUUAAGGUCAGAAUUUACUCUUUAAAUUUUUUAUUCACUCUGACCAAUGUUAUACUU